UUUCCGGUUUAUUGAUGGCUGCCUCCAGUAGUUUGAGCCCCCGACAGUGAGGGUCGAGUAGAAAAGGAAACGGGAUUGUUUGUUGAGCAUCCCGCUGGCUGCACGGGGUGUCAUGGACGCAAUUAAGGAAGGUCAUAAGACCAGCCUGAGCUCUGGAAAAAUGGUGGUUCUGGCUGCGGGCCUUUCUGUUGGGGCCACUAUGGGCUACAUCAUCUAUCGCCACAUAAACAGCACCAAGAGCAGUCAGGGUCCCAACACGGAAGUGUCCAAAAUUACUCUUCCUAUAGAGGUCUACAGGAACGUCUACAGGUGCCACGCCAAGUUUUUAGACAUGGUAGCUGAGAAAUCCGGAGCGCAAGUGAGGGUCUUAUCAGAUUCAGGAGAUGGCUGUAAGACUGUCUGUUUCCUGAUGCAGGGCUCUAAGGAGCAGGUCUUGUUAGCCCGCUGUGUCCUGGAGAACCUGGUCACAGACUGUGAACUUGUGUCAGAGGUUUUGGAGGUUCCUCAGACUUCUUUAGGACGUAUAAUAGGUCGUGGUGGAGAGAGUCUGAAACAGAUCACCAGAACCACAGGAGCCAAAGUGGCCUGUUCCAAAGAGAAGGCGCAUGGUUCAUGGGCAAAAGGCAAGGUGACAAUCACAGGGACCAGACAGGAGGUGAAACAGGCCCAGGAUAUGAUUCUAGAAAAAGUCACAGAUGACAUGAUGGUGAGGACAACGAUUUCACAGUCAUCAGCCCGGCGACAGAAACGUGGCCACAUUGUUGUGAGUCAGAAGCUAAACAGCACAGAGACUGAAGCACUAUUGUGCUUCAACAACAAUGGUCCCUUCUCCCAGACAGAGAAGAAUGGACUUGUCUGUGCCAAUGGGACCACAGGAGAACCAGAAAGCUUUUUUGACCAGAUGGGGGAGCUAAAAAUCAAAACAGGCAGCAAGGAGGAGAGUAGCACCUCUACAAAGAUGUUUUCUGAAGUGUCAAAGUUUGAAAUUUCAAGCCCAGACCUGAGCUUCCAGCCUGAUGAACACCUCGAGGUAUAUGUUUCUGCAUCAGAGAACCCAAACCACUUCUGGAUCCAGAUCCUGGGGGUUCGUUCCAUUCAGCUGGACAAAUUGACCGAGGAGAUGAAACACUUCUACAACAGUGGAAACCCUACAGAUCAUCAAGUGGAGACCCUUGUGGUGGGAGACAUUGUGGCCGCUCCAUACAAAGACCACGGCACAUGGAACAGGGCCAAAGUGCUGGGAGUCCUGGGCUCUCGACUGGUGGACCUGUAUUAUGUUGACUUUGGGGACAAUGGGGAACUGCCCAUAAGCAGCCUCCGCCGCAUGAGGAGCGACUUCCUCAGUUUACCAUUUCAAGCUAUUGAGUGCAGCUUAGCAGGAGUGAAGCCAAAAGGAGAAGUUUGGACUGAGGCAGCCCUGGAUGAGUUUGAGAGGCUGACAUAUUGUGCCACUUGGAGACCCCUGCAGGCCAAACUGUGCAGCUACUCUCAUUCGGAGAUCUCCUCAUGGCCCAGUGUCAAGCUCUAUGACAACAGUGAGGGCAAGAAUGUGGAUGUUGGAGAGGAGCUCAUACGACUGGGCUACGCCGUCGUCUUUCAGGAAGUGAUGAAUGGGAAAAAUGAGGGCAACAAUCUCGGCUGUCUGCAGAGGAUGCUAGAUGAUGUAAUAGGAGCAUCAUCAGAGCUCAGUCUUUCCUGUAUCAGUUUAUCAGAAGCUGCCUCUAUAUCAGGAAGUGUUGAUGAUGUUGUGGAGGACGAGCUGCUGUGAGACCAAAGAUAUUCAUAAAUACCAAGGUAUCUUCUCCCAGCUUGAUUACUGAGUGAUUCUGAACAUUUGAUAGAGAAUGCAUGUGCGUGAACCAUUAUGUCUAUAAAAAUGAUGACUGCUUAUUUAGCAGUCGUGUCCAUCCACUCCUCAGCAUAAGCCCUAAGGAUGAAAAAGAGCGUCGUCUAACCCAAACUUGAUUGCAUAAAUCCUCAUCAUGAAGCCUUACCUACUUGACAAGUGUCCAACAGUUCUUCCAGCCAUAGUCACUUUAUUGUUGGUACUUCAGUAAUGAAUACUUUGGUUUUGCUUUCAUGUUUUGUUGUGCUUUGAUUAAAUGUGUUGCAACUAAAUUUUGUGUUCAAGAAAUGAGAAAAUGAAUAAAACCAGAAUGUCAGUAUUAUUGAAAAGCACUGUGAUAGAAGUUUGUGGAGCCAGAGUUUAGCUGGUUUAUGGCUAAUGUUUAGUUUCUUGCUAUACUUGUAUGUAUAUUAAAACUGAAUUCCCUUUAUUGGGCUUAAGUGAUUAUAUUUUGGAAAUUAAAAGCUAAAGUGUUAUUGAAUGUGUUUCUCAGGUUGUGUUCAGUAUGAAAAUGUGGUAUCUACUGCAGAAAUCUGUCAGAUGAAAGAUUAUCUUCAGAAGUGUAAGCAACAGCACUAUAUUCUAAUAAAGGAUUUAUUUUA